UGCUUUUCCGCGGGUGUCACAUUAAACACCGCCCCCCAGGAAAGUGUUCUGAGACUUGCAGAGAAGAUACAAAAUAUCACAUUAGUGUUUGAUAUAAACUAUAUCCCGGAUUGCUUCGUCAAGGGGACGCUCAGAGCUGCUAUGUGUAUUUUUUUAGUAUUUCGAUGUAAUAAUAUUUUAUCCAAAUCACCAGCCCGGGCCAGCUUUCUGAGACGAUGAUCCUUUACUAGGCUGAGCUGAGCACUCUACCAUACAAUAUACUUCUUUAUCUGUGCUAUUAAGUUAAUGUAGCUAACCAGAGCAGAUUUGUAUAUGGAAUGGAAUUUUUGGAUCUUUAUUAAAUAGGAUUAUUUGCAGUUAAUAUGAAUGCUUUAUUUUUGGAGAUAUUUUAAGUACUUCCAAAACAUUUUUACUGGAUGACCAGUUUUGGAUAUUAGCUAAUAUAUGAUCGUUAUACCCAUCUAUCCAUGGAAGAAAGACUGAGGGAAGCAUCUGCUUUGGGGGACCUGGAAGAAGUGCAGGAGCUGCUGAAUUCUGGGGUGGAUAUAAACUCUCAGAAUGAAAUCAAUGGAUGGACCUGUCUCCACUGGGCGUGCAAGAGGAAUCAUCUUCACAUUGUGACUUAUCUGCUAGAGUCUGGGGCUGAUAAAGAUAUUUUCACAAACAAAGGCGAAAAGGCAGCUCAACUGACAUCAAAGAAGGAAAUAAAGAGAGUUUUAGGGGUUGAAGAACCAGAAGUUGAGGAUGUUAAAUCUGAACCUGAAUUUGCUUUUGUUCCAAGUUACCUAGCAAACCCUCCAUUCCCUUACACUUACAGUCGAGAAGCUGGCAUCAAACAAGAAAGUUCUGCAACAUCAUAUGCUGAAAAUGGUAAUUCGUGCACCACGCCACCACCUACAAGUUUCCCACUACUGAACAGCAGUGUGGAAAACACAGCUACCUCAGUGAAGAAAGAGGACACGUUCCCGGCCUUGUUUUAUAAUGGAGAAGUGCAGGCCGCAUCAGAAUGCACUCUCUCCUCAGUACAGAGUGGCCCUGUAUGCCAGCCGGCUAUCUCCCAGAACUGCACUAUGUUUUCACCCAUUCCGUCUAAUCUGCCACACAGCAGUGCUCACGGUGGACCCAUGCAAGUGUUUCAGCCAUUCUUUUUUACCGGUGCCUUCCCACCAAAUAUGAAAGAAUUAGUCCUGAAAGUGAGAAUUCAGAGUAACUCCCCCAUGGAUAAUGACUUCAUUGAGGUGGAAAUGGACAGGGAGGAACUGACCUACCGGGAACUACUCCGAGUUUGCUGUUAUGAGCUUGGGGUCAAUCCAGAGAGUGUGGAGAAAAUCAGGAAACUACCGAACACCAUGCUCAGGAAGGACAAAGAUGUUGCGAGACUGCAGUAUUUCCAAGAACUGGAGCUGGUCCUGAAACAUGACCACAGCCCAUUCAGGACAUCAACAACACUAACUGAAAGACCCUGUUUUAACAAGAAGGCAUCAAAAUUAACCUACUGACAGUGGCAGUGUAUAUACAGUAUAGUGUAACCGGCUAGCAGAACAAUACAUUACACAGAGCAAUGCAGCCUUAGUUUACAUGUACUAAACAUGGGGUGUUCUUGUGACGCAUAGAUCAGUUAUUUAACAAUAAGCAAUCUGCAUUGCUCGGUAGAGUUUAAAGAAGCACAGAGUGAAUGGGAUAACAAAGUUUAUUUUUUUGCUAAAUAAAUUCUUUUCUUUUUGACUGUAAGAGAGAUAGAUAUAUAGUUUUAAUUUUAAAAGGCAUAAAGAAUCUUGUAUGGCUGUGCUUCCUAUGUGGCAGAACAUGCUGGAACUUGUAGUUCCAUAACAGCAGUUGAGUGGCUCCGUACAGAGGACCUAGGCACUAAAUAAUCUAGUAAUUUUGGUCUUCUUUUUAUUGCUAGAGUAGGGGAAGCAGCAUUUAUGUACCUUGAGCUUGAAUAUGUUUGUGUUUUUUAACUAGAUCAUUUUUCCAAGCAGUCAGUUAUUUUCUUGCUUAAACGCUGUCCCUUCCUCUACAGUCUGCAUGUAUUUGUUACACCAGGUGUCUGAGGACUGGAGUUUCUCUGACUGUUAAUGUUGAUGGCAUAUUCCAUGACAUUUUUUUUUCUUCUAAGCAGCCUCACGGUUCCGAAGAUGCCUCUGAUACAUGACGGGUACAUGUCUUAGACUUGCAAUAAAAACGUCCUUCUUUUAAAUGCACAACAUACUUAUGCCAUAAAAGCACGAUUACAAAAAUGAUCUAUUUAGCAGUAGCAACAUAGUUCAGUAUGUUAAUUGAUGGUUUCUAUUAACAAAUUCUGUAUUACCAUCAAUGGAAAGAGCUAUGGCUAUAUAACAGUAUUGUAUGCUGAAAUUUAUAUACUAAUUACACCUAUUAAUACUUCUGGGUUUAUGGUUGACUGUCAUUCUCAGGGGUGUAGGGUAUCAACUAUAUGUCACUUUCAUCAGGUAUUCAACCAGUCUGGCACUGUUUCUAAUGUCUACCACUACUGACUGGUUUCAAUGGUGUUGAUACCUUGACUAUAAAACCUCCAGGGAGCUCCCAUACCCUUGUUGGUGGGUUGCUGGUGAUAUCACAUCAAACAGUAGUCUACCCAGAAGUAUUCUGUGUCCUAAAUUAGUAUUUUAGGGUCUUGUUAAAUAACCUUGAAUAUAGGAUCCUUGUAUUACUACUUCUAAUUAGUUUCACUUUACUAUUAGCAGCUGUAUAGGUUUCCAGUACAUUUUAACCAAUUGACCACUAGUACUGAGGCCACAGUGACCCAGGCAGAUUCUUUCUUCUAAUAAAUCCUAAUACAAUGACUUUGUGGAGUGCGUACAGAACAGCUGCUUUGUCUAAUUCUGUACAGAUUUUAUGUAAUUUAGUUACUUAUUGUUUACAAAUAUAACAUAUAACAUUCAUGUUUUCUGUGGUGUUUCUUGUAUAUGUAUAUGACUAUUUAGUAUGUAUUUAGUAUCUGAAAGCAGGGUUGGAAAAAAACACAACGUAUUUAUUGGUUUAAACCAGUUUUUUUCUUUGUUUUAAUGAAAAAUAAUUGAAUCAUGUAUUAGAAACCUUGAUCAACCAUGUUUGAAUGCUUUCUAACAUUUAAUAAUGUUAUUAGGCUUUGAAUCAUUUUACAUCUUUCAAUAAAACCAAUUUUUUACAGCUUA